UUUUAGUAUCUCGACCUCUCGAGAGCUCGUCUUCUUCGAUCUCUCCUCCCGCCGUUGGCGUUCUCACGGCUGGUCUCCUCCAUUCUCCGGCGAUCUUCUACUUUGCCGUGACAGUAGGAAGGUGUGAUGGCUAUGAUCGAUGAGCCAUUAUAUCCAAUUGCUGUAUUGAUAGAUGAGUUGAAAAAUGAAGAUAUUCAGUUGAGACUAAACUCCAUUCGUAGGCUUCCUACAAUUGCACGAGCUCUUGGUGAGGAAAGAACCAGGAAGGAAUUGAUACCUUUUCUUAGUGAAAACAAUGAUGAUGAUGAUGAGGUGCUUCUUGCCAUGGCUGAAGAGUUGGGUGUUUUUACUCCAUAUGUUGGGGGAGUGGAAUAUGCACAUGUUCUGCUUCCACCAUUGGAAACAUUAUGUACUGUUGAGGAAACUUGUGUCAGAGACAAAGCAGUCGAAUCACUUUGUCGAAUUGGGGCACAAAUGAAGGAAAGUGAUUUAGUAGAUUGGUUCAUUCCUCUGGCCAAGAGGCUAGCUGCGGGUGAGUGGUUUACUGCACGAGUUUCCUCAUGUGGGCUUUUUCACAUUGCCUAUCCCAGUGCACCUGAACUUAUCAAGGCAGAAUUAAGAUCUAUCUAUGGCCAAUUAUGCCAGGAUGACAUGCCUAUGGUGAGAAGAUCCGCUGCUUCAAACCUUGGGAAAUUUGCUGCUACAGUUGAACCCAGUUUUCUAAAGACUGAUAUCAUGUCAGUUUUUGAAGAUCUUACACAAGAUGACCAAGACUCGGUUCGCCUGUUGGCUGUUGAGUGUUGUGCAGCUCUGGGGAAGUUGCUGGAACCCCAGGAUUGUGUAGCACAUAUCCUUCCAGUCAUUGUAAAUUUCUCACAGGAUAAGUCUUGGCGUGUCCGGUACAUUGUCGCAAAUCAAUUGUAUGAACUUUGUGAAGCUGUUGGUUCAGAACCCACCAGGGUGGAUCUAGUGCCUGCAUAUGUACGGCUUCUUCGUGAUAAUGAGGCGGAAGUACGCAUAGCUGCUGCUGGGAAGGUCACUAAAUUUUGUAGGAUCCUGAACCCCCAACUUGCAAUCCAGCAGAUUCUCCCAUGUGUGAAGGACUUGUCUUCAGAUUCUUCCCAGCAUGUGCGCUCAGCUUUGGCCUCUGUAAUUAUGGGUAUGGCACCUGUUCUGGGAAAGGAUGCAACCAUCGAACAAUUACUACCAAUUUUCCUUUCUCUACUCAAGGACGAGUUCCCUGAUGUUAGACUCAACAUUAUCAGCAAACUUGACCAAGUAAAUCAGGUUAUUGGGAUUGACUUGCUCUCUCAAUCACUGUUGCCAGCUAUUGUGGAGCUUGCAGAGGACAGGCACUGGAGGGUGCGGCUUGCGAUAAUUGAGUACAUCCCUUUAUUGGCCAGUCAGUUGGGGGUGAGAUUUUUUGACGACAGACUUGGUGCUCUUUGCAUGCAGUGGUUGGAAGAUAAGGUGUUUUCAAUUCGUGAUGCAGCAGCUAAUAACUUGAAGCGCCUUGCAGAAGAAUUUGGCCCUGAAUGGGCAAUGCAGCAUAUAAUUCCCCAGGUGCUGGAGAAGGCCAAUAAUCCACAUUAUUUGUAUCGUAUGACCAUCUUGCAGGCAAUCUCUUUACUUGCCCCGGUUCUCGGAUCUGACAUCACAUGCCAUAACUUAUUGCCAGUUAUUGUAAAUGCUUCAAAGGAUAGGGUUCCCAACAUCAAAUUUAAUGUUGCAAAAGUAUUGCAAUCUCUAAUACCAAUAGUUGACCAGUCUGUGGUGGAGAACACUAUUAGGCCCUCUCUUGUUGAGCUCAGUGAGGAUCCAGAUGUGGAUGUUAGGUACUUUGCGAGCCAGGCCAUUCAUGCAUUGGAUCAGGUCAUGAUGUCUAGCUAGAAAAUCUAGUCCUUAAAGUCAUCCCUGAAUUGCUAUACAGUGAUUGAUCAGGUGAGGGUAGUGCUACUGUUUGUGCGCGCGGGCGUGCUUAUUCAUUCCUGAUUAAGAAUGUUCUUUGAUGAAGGACAAUUCUUUUUAUUUUUUCCUUGUAUUUUUGCCCUCCCUCUUUUGUUGUGUUUUUUAAGUUCAGGAUGAAAACAUAACCAAAUAGGCCAUGAAUUCCAGUUGUAAUUUCU